AUGGGCGGCAGCAAGGGCAAAGCCCCCCAGCACCGGGCGCGCCCCAGGAAGCCAGCCUCGGGGGAGCAGGAGUCCGGAUCGGCCAGCGCGGACGGACGGCCUGGACGUGGCCAAGCCUGCCGAGACACCGCGGGGGACAAGCGGGCCGCUGGUGACCGUAGGAAACCCUCUGCCGCCGGGGGCAGCGGGGGCAGAAGCCCAGAGACAGAGGCCCGGGAGAGGCGAGGCAGCACGCGGCGUCGGGGCCGGGGGCCGGUGGACGGCUGCGAGUGGGGGGACAGCCCCGGGGACUGCCCGGAGGAGGAGGAAGACGAGGAGGAGGAAGAGAAGGAGGGCCUCCCUGGAGCGGCGAGGACCGGCAAGCGCGGCCAUCGCAGGAGGAGAGGGAAACGGCGGCGGGGACCUUCGGCGCCGAGCAGCCGGGGGAAGCCUCGGAGCCUCGAUGGGGACACGUCGGGCAGGGAUGGAGGCAGCUCCUGCCCGGACAGCGAAGCCCGCGAACCCCAAGAGAGCGGCAGCCAGAGCGGCGGAGCCCCGCCGCAGCCCCAGGGGGAGCCAACGGCCACGGGAUCGGAGGGGGCCGAGGGGGCGCCCCAAGCUCCCCGGAGCGGGGAAGGCUCGUCGGGGACCGGGCCCCGGGCGGCGAGUGGGGGAUCGGGCACAGACACGGGCUCGAAUCCAGAGCGCGCCGGGCCCGCACGGCGCCCCCCGAGGGCGCGGGGCAAGGCAGGCCGGGUCCCCGAAGCCCGAGAGACCGAGCUGGGUGGGAAAGCCCCGACCUCCAGCCCGCUCGGGAGCAGCAGCUCGCGGGACCCGUGGGACGCCGCGCCGGACGGGGACGUCAGUGAUGGCGACGCGCGGGCCGAGGCCGAGCCGCGUGGCGCCGAGCCUCAAACAGCCGAGGUGGGCCAGGUGGCGGCGAAGGUGCAGGAAGGAGCCCGAGAGGGAGAGGGAGACGGUGCAGGGGACCCAGCGCCGGGGGACCCCGCGCCGCUCGCCGCCCUCGUGGUGCUCCACAAGUUCCGCACCAGGCCCCCGCCAGGCCGCGCUGCCCAGGUCGCCGAUCAGCGGCGCGGCGGCUUCAAGGCGUGGAUCCUGCGGGUGGCGCGCGCCCUAGGCCUGCUGCGGUGGCUUCGGGGACGGAUCCAGUCACCUGCCGGUCAGGGGCAGGGGGCGGGACCGCGGGCGGAAGAGGGGCGUGGCCUCCUGCGGGAAGGCGAGGGGUGUGACUUCGGGCGGGAAGGCGAGGGGCGGGGCCUCGGGAGGGCAGGCGAGGGGCGGGGCGAGGGGCCGGCGCCGCCGCGCCGCCGUCUAGCUUUGCGCCUGGCUGGGUUAGCCCGGCUCCGGGGCCUCCUGCGGGCUCCCCCUGGCGGCGGCUCGAGUCCUCCGCAGGCCCCGAGGAGCCCAGUGUCCGAUCACCGUCCUUCGGACGACGAGGACCCAACUCCGGAUCCCAAGUUCGCGGUGGUGUUCCCCAGAAUCCACCGGGCGGCGGGCAGGGCGUCCGCGGCGACUCCCAGCCGCGCCUGGUCUGGGGCCGGAGCCGCAGAGGCCGGGGAGGGGCGGGGGGCUGGCGGGGAAGGGGUGCGGGGGCUCGGCGAUGCCUCGGCCCCCGCCUCCACUCCCCUCGACGGGACUCCGCGGCGUGAGAUCGGCUCGGGCAGCGCAGAGGAGGAGCCGGUGACCUCGGGAGCCGAGACCCCGGCGCACUGGGCGCAGGGCUGCGGCCCCCAGGAGGAGCCCGGGCUCGGCCCCGCCGCGCUGCUGCCUCGGCUCACCCUGGAGACCCGCGUGCCCCGCGAGCGGAGCCCGGGCCCGGCCCUGCGGGAGCAGUGGGAGCCCGAGGAUGAGGCCGAGGCCGCCCUCGAGAGACGCCUGGAGCUGAGCCUCGGGCCGGGCCUGCGGACACCGCCGUUCCCCGGUGCCCAGGACCGGACCCUCAGCGAGGGCCUGGAGGACACGGAGGACGUGGCACGCCUGCGGCUGGUGAGUGACAGCUCCGUGCUGUUGUGCCUCAAGAGGAGAUUUCACCUGGGCCGCAUCUACACUUUCGGGGGACCCCUCCUGCUUGCUCUGAAUCCCCACCAGCCUCUGCCUGUCUUCUCACCGGAAGUCUUGACCAGCUACCAUCCCAGGAAGACCCCCAGCUCCUCCCCACACAUCUAUGCCAUCAUGGCAGCGGCCUGUGGCCUAUCUCAGAGCGCCGGGCAGGACCCCUGUAUCCUCCUGGCUGGGCACAGUGGCUCAGGGAAAACUGAAGCUGCCAAGAAGAUGGUGCAGUUCCUAAGCAGCCUGGAUCAGAAGCAGGCAGGGGACAGAGGGUGCCAGCUGGACGAUGUGCUGCCAGUGCUCAGCAGCUUUGCCCAUGCCAAGACCAUCCUGAAUGCCAACGCCAGCCGCUUCGGCCAGGUCUUAUGCGUCUGCCUGCAGCAGGAGGUCAUCGUGGGAGCCUCUGUGUCACAUUAUCUGCUGGAGACCUCCAGAGUGGUGUUUCAAGCCCAAGCUGAGAGGAGCUUCCAUGUGUUUUAUGAGCUGCUGGGGGGGUUGGGCCCCAUGGAGCGGGAGCAGCUCUCCCUGCAGGGACCUGAGACCUACCACUACCUUAACCAGGGCCGGGCCUGUAGGCUCCAGGGCAAAGAGGAAGCCCUGGACUUCGCCGAGCUGGCAAAGGCUCUGCAGGCCCUGGGCUUGCGCCCCGAGGAGCUCACCGCGGUGUGGACUGUGCUGGCCAUCAUCCUACAUCUGGGCAACAUCUGCUUCUCGUCCUCAGAGCGGGAGUUCCAGGAAGUGGCCACUGUGUCCAGCUGGGCCGAGAUCCACACGGCAGCCCGGUUGCUGCAGGUGCCACCGGAGCAACUGGCGGGAGCUGUGACCACGAGGGUCAUGGAAACACCCUACGGCCGGGUCUCCAGAUCUCUGCCUGUGGAAAGCGCCAUUGACGCCAGGAACGCCCUGGCCAAAGCCCUGUACCUGCGGCUCUUCAACUGGCUCCUGAGGAGGAUCAACACACGGCUGGCUCCACCCGCGGAGGGAGGCAGCGUGGGCAGCAUUACUGUCGUGGACGCCUAUGGCUUUGAGGCGCUGCGUGUGAAUGGCUUGGAGCAGCUGUGCAGCAACCUGGCCAGCGAGCGGCUGCAGCUCUUCUCCAGCCAGAAGCUGCAGGCCCAGGAGGAGGAGGAGUGCCGGCGGGAGCAGCUGCCCUGGGCGCCUGUCGCUCAGCCCCUGAGGGAGUCUUGCCUGGACCUCCUGGUGGACAGACCCCACAGCCUCCUGAGUCUUCUGGAGGCCCAGACAUGGCUGUCCCAGGCCACGGACCACACGUUCCUCCAGAAGUGCCACUACCACCACAGCGACCACCACAGCUAUGCCAAGCCCCAGCUGCCUCUUCCCAUCUUCACGGUGCGGCAUUAUGCCGGGGCUGUCACCUACCAGGUUCACAAGUUUUUACACAGGAAUCGAGACCACCCGGACCCCGCUGUGGUGGAGAUGCUUCGCCAGAGCCAGCUGCAGCUCGUGGGCAGCCUGUUCGAGGAUGCAGAGCCCCAGGCGCUGGGAAAGCCAGGGAAAGCUACUCUGGCCUCUCGCUUCCAGCAGUCCCUGGAGGCCCUCCUGUCACGGCUGGGCAGGAGCCGCAUCUAUGUCAUCCAGUGCCUGAACCCUAACCCUGGAAAGCUCCCGGGCCUCUUCGACGUGGGCCAUGUGGCGGAGCAGCUGCGCCAGGCUGGCGUCCUGGAGGCUGUAGGCACCCGCAGUGCCCACUUCCCCGUGCGCAUGCCCUUCCAGGCCUUCCUGGUCAGGUUCCAGGCCCUGGGGACAGAGGGGCAGGGUGACUGCUCUGACCGAGAAAGGUGUGGCGCCAUCCUCACCCAGGCGCUGGGAGCAGAGUCGCCUCUCCAUCACCUCGGAGUCACCCAGGUCCUGCUGCAGGAGCAGGGCUGGCAGCAGCUGGAGCAGCUCUGGGCCCAGCGCCGCGCCCAGGCCUUGCUCACGCUGCACCGCGGCCUCCGGGUCUGCAUCUCCCGCCAGCGCCUCCGCCUCCUGCCCCGGAUGCAAGCUCGUGUGCGUGGGCUUCAGGCCAGGAAGCGCUACCUCCGGCGCCGGGCGGCUCUGGGACAGCUGAGCACCAUCCUUCUGGUGGCCCGGCCCCUGCUCCACAGACGGCAGAAGCUGCAGGCGAGGGGGCUGGCGGAGGCUGGAGUGGGGAGGCUCGGGGUAGAAGCCAACCAGCCUCAGCCGGCCCGUGGACUGAGAUCCAUACGAGAUGGACAGACGGGCAGUGACGUCCACAGUGAGGAGCCAGUGAGGGUUGGGGCAGGCAGGCAGCAGGUGGGGACCGCCACUCCGGGGCAGCCGUCACCACUCCCGGGCAGCCGGCCUUUCUGGCUCGGGCACUGGCGUGACCAGCACAGUGGCGGCACCUGGGAGAAAGUGCCAGACAUGGAUCUGGGACGCUUGGAAAUCCCAGCAGAGCUGGCUGCUAUGCUGCGGAGGGCAGAAGGCAACCAAGAUGUCCUGGCUGGAACCAUCAAGGAAUCCAUGCCCCCGGAGGUUCCUGCCCGGCCCAGCCUGUCUCUCCCAGCCGACAUCGACCAGUUUCCCUUCUCCAGCUUCGUCUCCAUCAGCUUCCAGGAGCCAUCUCUGCCCAGCCCAGGGCAGCCACUGACCAGGCCCCUGACCCGGCUGGACAGGGAGACCCCUCAGCAUGCUCUGGAGAUCAACAAGGUGAUGCUGCGGCUCCUGGGGGAUGGAUCCCUGCAGCCCUGGCAGGAGCACACCAUGGGCACGUACCUGGUGCGGCAGGGGCUGCGCCGGCCUGGCCUUCGGGAUGAACUCUUCAGCCAGCUGGUGACCCAACUCUGGCGUAACCCGGAUGAGCAGCAGAGCCAGCGGGGCUGGGCCCUCAUGGCCGUCCUGCUCAGCGCCUUUCCCCCCACGCCCACUCUGCAGAAGCCGCUGCUCAAAUUUGUGUCUGACCAGGCCCCCAAGGGCAUGGCAGCGCUGUGCCAACACAAACUACUGGAAGCCCUGGAGCAGACGCCGCUGGCGCCCGGGGCUGCCCGGACUCACCCUCCAACCCAGCUCGAGUGGAAGGCCGGAUGGCGGCGGGGCCGCAUGGCGCUGGACGUCUUCACCUUCAAUGAAGAGUGCUUCUCGGUGGAGGUGGAGUCCUGGACCACGGGAGAGGAGUUUGCGGGGUGGAUCCUGCAGAGCAGAGGCCUGGAGGCGCCCCUGCGUGGCUGGUCUGUGUCACUGCAUUCUGAGGACGCCUGGCAGGACUUGUCUGGCUGUGACUUUGUGCUGGACCUGAUAGGCCAGAUGGAGGACUUGGGGGACCCGGCUGACCCCCACAGCUACCCCUUCACUUCUUUUGACUUAGCCGAGGACAUCCCCCCGGCCCCUGGCGUCCAGGCCCCCUCUUUGCCCCCAGGACUUCCUCCAGGUCCCGCCCCAAUCCUGCCCGGCAGAUAUCACACAGGCGAGGCCCGGCCCGCUGGGAGCUUGGAUGGCUUCCUGGACCACCUCUUUGAGCCUGUCCUCACCCCAGGCCUCAGUGAUCUGGACCAAGGCUGGGCCCUGAGCAGCCGCAUGAAGGGAGGGGGCUCCGUGGGCCCCUCGCAGCAGCAGGGCUACCCCAUGGUAUACCCAGGGAUGAUGCAGAUGCCCGGGUACCAGCCAGCCAUGGUGCCCGCACCUGUGCCUAUGAUGCCAGCGAUGGCUCCCGUCCCUGCUAUCCCAGCCAUGAUGGUGCCGCCGCCACCGCCGCAGCUUCCCAGCCUGGACACACAGCAGCUGGCAGUCCAGCAGCAGAACUUCAUCAACCAGCAGGCGCUGAUCCUGGCCCAGCAGAUGACCACCCAGGCCAUGAGCCUGUCUCUGGAGCAGCAGAGCCAGCAGCGCCAGCGCCAGGCACAGGCCUCCAGAGCCACCUCCCAAGCCCCAUCCCCGGCCACCACCCCCAAGUCCAAGAAGCCCCCCACUCCUCAAGAGGCGCCAGAGAGCGAUCCGGAACCCAUGGGUGCCUGCUGGAGGGAGGACUUCGCAGAGGAAGCUGAACACAGCCCUGGCCACCCCGAGAGCUUCCAGCAGAAACGGGAGUACUUCCAGAAGAUGGGGCAACAACAGAUCAAGGUGAAGAUGGUGAAAUCUCCACCCAAAGUCCAGAUUCCCCAGGGGGGAGAGACGGAGGAAGAGGAGGAAGAGGGAAGCAGAGCAGAGCCGCCCCCUCCUCCUCCCGCAGUUGUGAAAAAGCCCUUGAAACAAAGCGGGGAUAAAGCUGCAAAAGAGGCAGAGGCAGAGCCAGCCAAGGAGGCUGCAAAAGAGGCCAAGGCAGAGCCAGCCAAGGAGGCAGUGCCGGCCCGGGCCAGGGAGCCCAGGCCACACAGCUCGAACCCCACUCCGCAGCGCCCAGAGCCCAGCAAGGAGAUCCGCAACAUCAUCCGGAUGUACCAGAGCCGUCCGAGCCCUGUGCCCGUGCCCGUGCAGCCAGCCAGGCCUCCCAAAACUUUCCUGAAGAAAAAUGAUCCCAAGGAUGAGGCUCUGGCCAAGCUGGGUAUCCACAGCACCCAGUCAGCGCCAUCGGUGAGUCCCGGGGCCUACAAAGGCCCCCCGCCAGCCGUGGCUCCAAAACCCAAGGCCCUGCCACGACUCGGGCCCUCCAGCUCUAUCAAGGAAAAGCAGGGGCCUCUUCAGAAUCUGUUUGGGCCAAACUUGCCCAUAGCCCAGACACCCCCUCUUCCACCGGCACCCCCACUGCCUCUGCCUGAACCCCCCAGCAUCUCUUCAGCGGAGCCUCGUGCCUUGAGGGAGCCCAUGGAGGACCAAGGGGUCUGCACCCAGCUACUGACCCCGUCUGGCAGCGUGUGCUUCUCCUAUGCCAGCGCACCCUGGAAGCUGUUCCUACGCAAGGAGGUGUUCUAUCCCCGGGAGAACUUCAGCCAUCCCUACUGCCUCCAGCUUCUCUGCGAGCAGAUCCUGCGAGACACCUUUGCUGAGUCCUGCAUCCGCAUCUCUCCAGAUGAGCGGCACAGAAUGAAAGACCUGCUGGGAGACUUGGAGGUGGGCCUGGACUCCCUGGCCACUGCUGAAGACAGCGUCAAGAAGCGCAUCGUGGUGGCUGCCCGCGACAACUGGGCCAAUUACUUCUCCCGCAUCUUCCCGGUCUCGGGAGAGAGUGGCAGCGAUGUCCAGCGGCUGGCUGUGUCUCACCGAGGGCUGCGACUCCUCAAGGUGGUCCAAGUCCCCAGCUUCCAUCUAGACCAGCUGAAGACACUGUGCUCCUACAGCUUUGCCCAGGUGCUGGGUGUGGAGUGCCGGGACAGCUCCGCCCUGGAGCUGACUCUGAAGGGUGAGCAGCUGGUGCUGCACACGCCCCAGGCAAGGGCCAUCAAGGCUAUGGUGGAGCAGUACCUGGACGAGCUCAGGAAGGGGUCUGGCUACGUCAUCGCUUUGCGCAGCUACAUCACGGAUGACCACAGCCUCCUCAGCUUCCACCGUGGGGAUCUCAUCAAGCUGUUGCCAGGGACCACUCUGGAACCAGGCUGGCAGUUUGGUUCUGUUGGAGGUCGAUCUGGAUUGUUCCCUGCUGACAUGGUGCAGCCGGCCGCGGCGCCCGACGUCUCCUUCUCGUCGGAGCAGAAGCCCAGCUGGCAGCGCAAGAGUCAGGCCCAGCCCAGGGAGCCACAUCCUGCCCGUCCGUGGAGCCAAGCCUACAGUGACGACUCGGAUGCCACCAGUCUGCCUUCCUCAGAGUACACCCCACUGUCCUCUGAACCCCACAACUAUACCAUGCAGGAAUUUGCCCUGCGCUACUUCCGGAAGCCUCACACCACGCCGGGUCAGACGGGCGGAGGUUCCGAGGGGGACACGACAGCCAGUCAGGUGCAGUACAGCAAGACUCCCAUCCAGGAAUCGCUCAUUAAUACCAGCGACAAGGACACAAACAGCAAGGCUGUGGCAGGCUUCCAGGUUUUGAUGCAGUAUAUGGGGGACCAGUCUAAGCCUCGGGGCAAGAAGGAGCCGGAGCUGCUCUAUGAGCUGCUGAAGCUGUGCCGGGAGGAGCAGCUCAGGGAUGAGAUGUACUGCCAGGUCAUCAAACAGGUCACAGGACACCCCCAGCCGGAGCGCUGUGUCCGGGGCUGGAGCUUCCUCAGCCUCCUCGCAGGCUUCUUCCUCCCGUCCACCACACUGAUGCCCUAUGUGACCAAGUUCCUACAGGACUCAGGCCCCAACCAAGAGCUGGCCCGCAGCAGCCAGGAGCACCUCCAACGCACAGUCAAAUACGGGGGCCGGCAGCAGCUGCCCCUACCGGGUGAAAUGAAGGCUUUCCUGAAAGGGCAAGCGGUCCGGAUGCUUCUAAUUCACCUGCCUGGCGGCUUGGACUACAAGACAAACCUCCACACCUUCACGGUGGCAGGAGAAGUACUGGAGGAGCUAUGUGGCCAGAUGGGCAUCACGGACCCCCAGGAAGUGCAGGAAUUUGCCCUCUUCCUCAUCAAAGGGGAAGGGGACCUGGUCCGGCCCCUGCGGCCCCCCGAGUAUCUCAACAGUGUGCUGGUGGCGCCGGACCUGAGCCUGCACAGCCGGCGGCUCGGCUGGGAGAGCCCGCUGCACUUUGACCACCCCACCUACAUCGACACCCACUAUGGCCAGGUGCUGCGGGACUACCUCCAGGGGAAGCUGAUGGCCCGCGCCCAGGCCGAGGCUCAGCUGGCUCAGAUGGCUGCCCUCCAGCACCUCAGCAGGGCCAGCAAGGACACGCCCUCCGAGCAAGACCUGCUGGCCUACAUACCCAAGCCGCUGCAGUGGCAGGUUAACAUGGCUGCCAUAAGGAGUUUGCUGAGCCAGGAGCUGAGGCAGCUGAAAGAUUACGACCCCCAGGAAGCACAGAUCAGCUUCAUCCAGGCCGCAAGGCAGCUGCCCCUCUUUGGCUACACUGUGUAUGUGGUGCUUCGAGUGAGCAAGAUGGUCUUUCCUGGGCCUGUCCUCCUGGGGCUCAACCGCAGACACCUGGUCCUCAUGGACCCCAGCUCCCAGAAACUGUGCUGCUCCAUUGACCUGAAGGACCUGCAGCGGCUCCACCUGCUGAGCCCGCUGGAGGAGAACGGGCCGCCUGGGCUGGAGCUCAACUGGGGCUCCGCCGACAGCCCCCAGACCAUGUGGGUGGAGCUGCCGCAGGCCCAGGAGCUGCAGCACACCAUCGUCUUCCUGAUGGAGGGCAGUGGGUCUUCCUCUCAGUGAGGGGGUGGAGGCGAGGGGCCCAGUCUACCUUCUGCCCUGGUUUUGUCUUCACUUCCGCCCUGGAACCUGCUGCUGCCUAACCCAGGUGGAGGCCACAAGGCAGGGGGUGCCACCGUGACUUACCUGGGGAAGACUGAGCCCAGAGCGGGGCUGCAAGAACUUGGCUUAGGCAUCAGAUGCUGCCAGCCGAAGGGAGCUGACCACCCGGGUUCCGGUUCAUGACCAGGAUCAAGGUCAACAUGAACCCAGGCCUAGAAGCAGCUGCUGCUGAGGAAAUAAAACUCCUAAAAGGGC